GCUGCUGAAUUAUCAAAUGUUUACAGCCCUCAACAGACGACUUUUCAAAUUGAAGCAACGAUUUAUAAAUAAACACCCAAUUUCCAUGCCUUCCACCUUUUUCCCCCGUCAAUGGCGACGAUUUACAGCUGCAAAGAAUGCUCAACUAACCUAAACCUAUUCACAAACCACCUCUUUCCUCCCGAUUUCUACUUCGAAUCUGGCAACAAAAACUCUCUCUCUUUCUCAUGGAUUGAUUCGGAAAAAUUCAAUUUUGAAAAAGAGGAUAAAUUAAAACCCUUCUUUGAAACCCUAAAUUACUGGGGGAUUCAUAGAAAUAGAACCAAAAUAAAGUGCAAAAAUUGUGGUAAACUUUUGGGUUAUGUUUAUGAUGAUGGACCUCCUGUGAUUGAUACUCCUGGUCAAUUUUAUUUUGGGCCUAGUCAAGCUAUUCCCAGAAAUCCCAGGUUUCGAUUCAAGUCUAAGGCUUUUCUCCUUGCUUCUGCUUCUGAUUCUUAAUACCACGUAAUCUGCUUUUUUUUUUUUUUUUUUUUUUUUUUUGGUAAUUAUUGGUAUAAUUUAUGUACUCCGUAAUCGUUAAUUGACUUUUUGUUUUUUGGAUACUUGUGUGAUUUAUGAUUGUAAAUAAAUGGGUAAAGAGAUUGUGUUGUUAGACU